GUGGGUUCAUUAAAAGACAGAGUUCAACUCCUCGUCGCCGCAGAGCGCUGCUGGGAGGCUGGUUGGGCGGCUUGAGAAGUGGGGGAAGAGGAAAAAUAAAAGAAAGAAAGAAAAAAAAAAAUAAUAUAGAAAAAGGGGAGAAAACCCGCAGCAACUUAAAAGACUACGAAGCGGAGCGCGGCGGAGGGGACCGCGGGGAGAAGGGGCAGGCUGUUCGCUCCCGAGGCCCGGCGAGGAGGAAGGAUGAUGGACCGUGUGGUGGCCGUGUGGCUGGUGGCCCUUUGCUUCCACGCUGCCGUCCCGCAAACUACAAAUCUGAACCUUCCUCCUGAAGAUCUUGAUUCAUCUGGUGAUGAUGACGAUGCGUUCUCAGGUUCAGGUGCAGGUCCCCUGACUGACCAGUCUCACACCUGGAGAAUCCCAGGAGAACCAACUAAUUCCUCAUUACUGGCAACACCAAUGGAUUUCAGCGAUCAGCCAUUUCCUGGGGUUGAGAGCCGAACUGAAAAGGAAGUAACAUCUCCUUUUGUGACGAGUAAUGUAGUGACAGAGGAGCCAGUUGUAGCUGUGAAGGACGAAGUACACAUCCUGGGCUCACCUGAUGAGAAACCAACAAAUGAUGUGGUUACAACAACAGUGAGAAGCCCCACUACUCACUUCCCUUCAGUGGUUCAUGUAACUCCUUCAGAAGCCUCAGGCACAGUCCAUGAGCUUGAACCUAAAAUCCCUAGCUCUCAUGUGCCAGACACGAAAGACAUGACUGAGUCCCACUCUACCAUCCAUCACGAGGGACACAUGACUGCCACCCCCACGACGACAGCUCCAAAGGAUGUUGUUCCAACACAUGAGGAGGUUUCUGAAGAUGGCUCUGGAGACCCGGGAGACUUCAUCUUGACUAAAGACGAGGAUUUGGUCCCCACCCAGAACUCAGAAGUGCCGGCUGACUCCGGGAGGAAUGCCAAAGCAGCAGGAGCCUCGGGAAUUAUGGACAGAAAAGAAGUUCUUGGAGGUGUGAUUGCUGGAGGACUAGUAGGCUUGGUGUUCGCAGUGUUUCUAGUUGCAUUUAUGCUGUACAGAAUGAAGAAAAAAGAUGAAGGCAGCUAUUCACUGGAUGAACCGAAACAGUCUAAUGGAGGAUACCAAAAACCACACAAACAAGAAGAAUUCUAUGCAUAAACACUGAUCUUCAGGACACUUCUUAUUCCAUCUUUCUUGGACUCUUCUCUCCCUGCACGUGGACCUCCUAGUGUGCUUUGCAUUAAACUUAAGCCAUAUGAUCAUGGGGUUAUUCACCCUUACCACUUUGCCAUUGGAAAUUUCAUAACUACAAAGUAGAUCUGGAUUCAUUGAACAUUCCCCGCUUUCUUGCACAUCAUUUUUUAUUUUUUUUUUAAACAGAAGUGGGACUGCAAGUUCCUAAACUCACUUUGGUUUAUCUAAAGACUGCUGGGGCAAGCGGUGGGGAGAAGAUAAGGGAGCACUGUGUGUAUAAACCUAUUGAUAUUUAGGGAAAGGGCUAGCAAGAAUAAACAAUUAUCAGUCCUCGAAUUCUGUAUAGCAGGGAUCCUUCCUAUUUAACUCAUAGAUGUGUUUUAAGUGUAACAAAUGGCUGCGCUGGGCAGAUGUUUGGUGCACUGCAAUCCUCUAGUGCUUUCUGACUGCCGUAUUUGGAGCACUUAAUGCCUACGAAACAUCAAGCUGAACAUGAUUUCCAGUGAAAGGAGGUGUGAGGGGCAGGGUAAGCAAAUGACUGUCAUGUGGUUCAAAAUAACUUGUAUUUUGGAAGCAUUAUCCUAUACUCGGAACCAGCUCCUAAGCAGUUGGUGCAUACACUAAUACAAAACAAACACCAAAGACCCCACAUCUAAGUGGAGAGUUCAUUUUACCAAUAUUAUUGGACUGUUCCACUACCCACCCUCUUGCUCUUUCUAGGCUUAGGUCAGAAUUUUCUAAGCAGUCUCAUCUCAGACAUUCCCUCUUCUUAGGUGCCGAAUCUAGGCUGAGCUGUCGUGCUGCACAUACUCUUAUCCUGCACUACUGUGUAGUUGCCAGGUGACUGAUGGCGUGUUGUAGCACCUACCUCUCUGUGCACUGUUUACAGUGGUUGUCUUGGAACGUGGUCUGCUGUCUAUGCCACAGAAUACUUUCGGCACACAGGGGUGGGAGGUAGAAAGCAGAAUAUCAUGACUUCGCAGCUAAGGAGUAGAGAAGCAUAGCAUCUGAAACAAGCCUGAUGAAGGCUGAGUAUAGAUGGCCUUAAGUAUAUAAAAGAAUUGGCGUGCUUGACUCUCGUGACUCUGAAACAGCUCUUCAGAAGUUGUUCCUGCACUUUGGAGAGAAGCAGCUCCAGGGAUGUCAGAUUAGUAAGGGCCAAAAAGCACCUCCUGAGGCAUGUCUGGAUGCCUGAAGCUAUUGGUGGUCAAUGUACUGUCAGAUGUGAGGCACUGAGGCCUCAUGGAGGGUCUGGAGUUCUCCAAGAGUAUCUCAGAGUGAGAAGAAAGUGUGGUGUUGUGCACAAGCCCUACUUCUGCUCAGCCUUCUGUUAGCUUCUUACAAGUUCAGGUCCUUGUCACUCAGUGCAGGAGGUAUGGGUUGGGUGGAGGAGUGUUUACAACUGAUGUAAAUAUUUGUACUGUUGAGCCAGAGGGAAUGAUUGGAGAAUAUUGCAACAGUUAGUACGAAUGUUGCACAUUAACAAUAAAACUUAAAAACCUGUGUAAUUUAAAUGAAGUAUAAAACACUCCUGAGCUGCUAUGCAGCUAAAAUUGGUGCCUUCUCUGCAAACCCAAGAAAAAACCAAAACACUUCUAGAUUCCAAACUCUUCUUUAUGCACCGGGAAAACUUGUGCAUACAUGUAGCUGGCUGUUUUUAAGUAAAACUGUAAAGUCCAUUACAUCUUUUUUUUUUUUUUUUUUUUACUGAACGACUUUUCAUAGGUUAAUGCAAUGACCAGAUGGUGUUAAUUUCAGCUGUAAUUCUUUGCUUUGUAUAGGGAUGUAGAAAUGUUGUUUGAUAGGUUUAUCCAUGAAAAGGUUCUUGUAAAGCACAGGAAGAUAAAGGGGUAAACUUCAGUUGUACCUCACAACCUUGUUAGGGGGAAAAGGAAAAAAAAACUGUAUAUUUUGGUAGUCUGAACUGACAGUUUGUGAAACAAACAUGACAUUCUGUGUUAUUUAAGUGGUACAAAUGAGAUACGAGUUCUAAUAGAAGAUGCAACAUUUGGUUAUUUGUAUGCCAUGUAAAGGUAUACUGCAAUAAAUGGCAUUUUGGCAAGAA